CAAUUUGUUCGCAUGGUAGUUGCAACAACAGCAACAACAAAGCAGUGCUUGAGCAAUCAACAAAUGUAAAUAGUAAUUUUACAAGAAACAAACACAAUUCGCUUAAUUGCUGUCAACUCCAAAAACGUCGUUAUGUCUGCGAUUGCAGCUAAUCAGCAUGAUCAGAGUUAUCGUCACCGUCAUCGUUAUCGUCAUCGUCAUCGCUUGUGCCUAAUUGUUUUGGCUGCAUUAUGGCUGGACACACUGGUUGCUGCGACUGCUGCUGCUGCUGCUGCUGACCUCGACGCCGACGUCGACGCCAGUGCAGUGCACAUUGAGCUGCGACGCAGGAGAAGUGUCAGCUGGAAUGGCAUUGAGCUGGAUGAGAACGCUCUGCUGGAGCAGCUGGCUGGCCAUGAGCGAUCUUUAAUCUUCGGCACGGCACCAGCGCCCGAAUUUAAAUUGGUGCAGCUGGAGCGACGCAGUGCAGCGCAGCAGGAGCAGCAUCAACAGCAACAGCGGCGACGUCGCAGUGCGGCACAAGCCGGCACUGUGGAGGCUGAACUGAAGCUGAAGCUGCUGCAAGCGCCGCAACUGAUCGACGAUGCCUUCAUCUUCAUACGCCGCAACGCGAAUAGCACGCAGUUUGUGGAGCAUUCGCCGCAACUGUUGCAGCGUCUGGAGCGAUGCAUCUAUCGGAGUCCAUGGGCGGCCCUCGACUUGUGCGAUGCUCAAAGCGUGCGCGGCGUUUUCCAGCAGAAUGCGAGCAAUUUUGUUGUCCAACCGCUGCCGGCUCGCUUUGGGGCUGCCACCCAUGUGCUCUACCAGGCGCGCUUAGAUAAGAGCUUGAGCAGCAGCGGUAGUCAGACGACACCGUUAGACAGUCAGCUGCAGUUUGAGCCCGAUGCAGACGAAUUCAACGAACCGCAACAGCAGCAGCAGCAGCAACAGCAACAGCAACAUCAGCAACAACAAGAAUCGCAGCAACGCCAGCAGCUGCGUCACAAAUUGCAAUCACAGCUGCGACUGCGCUAUCAGCCGCGUCAUCAUCAUCAUCAUCACCAUCAUCAUCAUCAUGACACUGGCAUUGCCAGCGUUGACUCUGCAACGCCGCGUCUUAGGCGGCACAUUGCCGGCGGUGGAGGAGGAGGAGGAGGUGGAGGAGGCGUAUCACGUCGCUGGCCAGUGCCACAUGAGCUUCACAUUGAGACGGCGAUAUUUGUGGACAGUGAUCUGUAUCGGCACAUGGAGAAGAACUAUCCCACGGAUACGGAGAGUCAGCUGAUACGCUUCGUCCUGGCCAUGAUCAAUGGUGUGCAGCUGCUGUAUCACCAUCCCACGCUCGGCAGGCGCAUCAACUUUGUGCUCAAGCGCCUGGAGAUAUUUCGCAAGGAUCCGCCAGAGUUGCGACGCUCGAGCGAUAUUGACAACUAUUUGAGCAACUUUUGUCAGUGGCAGAAGAGCCUAAAUCCCGCCUCGGAUGCGGAUAGCUUGCACUAUGAUCAUGCUGUGAUCUUGACGGGCUUGGAUCUGUAUGUGCUGGCCAAGAAUGGGAAGGUGAUUAGCCAAGUGGUGGGUCUGGCGCCAGUGGGCGGCAUGUGCACGCCCACAUCCUCCUGCACCAUUAACGAGGGCAAGCACUUCGAGAGCGUCUUUGUUGUUGCCCAUGAAAUUGGACACAAUUUGGGAAUGCGUCACGAUACAAAGGACAACAGUUGCGAUCCCAGUCUGCACAUCAUGUCGCCCACUUUGGGCAGUGGAAAGAUCACCUGGUCGAAAUGCUCUCGCACCUACUUGGACGAGUUCUUGGCUCAGUCGCAGGCCGAGUGCCUCUUCGAUCGGGGACAGUUCAAGGCGCAUCUGGACCACUCGGCUGAGGGUAUGCUGCCCGGCGAGCGCUUCGAUGCCAAUCAGCAGUGCAUGCUCAAGUACGGUCGGAAUGCGGUCCGUGCGCAUAGCCAGAGCAAGUCAGAGAUCUGCCACGAUUUGCACUGUCAGCAGGAGAGACUCACAUGGACCUCGCAUCCAGCACUGGAGGGCACUGAGUGCGGCGACAGCAUGUGGUGCCGCGGUGGCUAUUGCAAGCUGCGACCCACACAGGAGACGGCCAUGAGUUCGCUGAAGCAGCUGAGCGGGUACUCGAAGCCCAGCUAUGAGAAGAGCAGCGCCAGCAUUGCGGACUCCAGCAAAAUGGGUCAACUGCUGCACGAGUACAAGACUAGUGGCAAUGAGCUAGCCGCAGUUAGCAACUGGAGUGACUGGGGCGGUUGGGGCGAGGCCAGUCACUGUGACUCCGGCUGUCUCUACGGUCCCUCGAAUCGUUUGCGUGAGGGCAGCACAGGACUGCGCAUCUACAGUCGGAGCUGCCGGAACUAUCGCCAGCGUUGCAUGGGCCGGGAUCGCAAGUUUGAGACGUGCAUUGCCAAGCAGUGCUACAGUGUGCCCCUGCAGACAAUCGCUGACUUUGCCACACAGGUGUGCAAGCAGGCGCGCAAGUCCGACAGCGAACUGACCGGCGAGGGGCAGCAGCUAAGCGCCUCCAUUGAGGACUCGUGCAAGGUGUUCUGCCGCACUCGAAGCAAUGGCACCAAAUCCCGUCGAUGGACCUUUCCCGAUGGCACCACCUGCCGCUCCAAGUAUCAGAGUGCGGAUCAAAUUGCCUACUGCAUUGCCGGACGCUGUGAGCAGUUCUCCUGCGACAAUGCCACCACCAAUUUCUUCAAAAUGGACAGCACCUUCUGUGCGUACCGCUCUCCGCGGCCACAGCGCGAUUCCACGGAGCUGGAGAGCAAGCAGCAGCCCAGCUAUAAUCACAGAAAUCGCUAUGAGAAUGAGGUUGCUGUUCGCAUUUUGCAUGGCCACGAGAAUCGUAUAGUUCCACAGCAGCAGUCGUACAAGCGCAAGAACCCAUCCAAUGAAUACAAAUAUAAUAACAACAUCAACAACAACAAUAAUUAUAACAACAAUGUGGUGCAGGAGUCAUUUAUCAAGUCGCCGCCGCCGCCCGCCUCUGCCUCGCUGGUGGUGGAGUCGUUGUCGGAGUGGGAGGUCAAGUCGGGCUGUCACUCCAAUUGCAUGACAGAGUCAAAGGGCGUGCAGGUGGUCCGUUCACGGCAUACGGGCGAGCCCAAUAUCCAGUUGUGCACGCACAAGGUGAAGCCCUGCGAGCGACUGCUGACGACGGCAGAGUAUGCGGAACAGACGUGUGCCCGCUACAAGCUGAAGGUGCGUGGCCUCUCCGGCCAUGGUGCGCAGAUUUCGGCAAGUAUUGGGGAGCCAGAUCGCAGCUGUCGCGUUGGCUGUCAGGACGAGUUGAUCAAGUAUCGCUAUUAUCUGGUGAACGGCAACAACGGACACUUUCCCAUUGGCACACGCUGCUCGCAGGUGGGAAGGCGUUAUUGUGUCCAGGGCAAGUGCCUGGAGUUCGGUGCGGAUAAUAUGCCGCUGCAGCAGUCACACAUCAGUCUGGCCCUGUUCCGCAGUAAGCGUGGGGCGGUGCAUCGCUCGAAGCGCAGCUUCCUCUACUACGAUCCGGUAAACAUUACCGAAACCAUUACACAGGACUUUCUCAACAACAUUGUGCGCAGCAUUAUUGACAUUGAGCGGCAGCAUUUGGAUUUCGCCGCCGACAACAUCGAAUUUUCCAAUCCUAUACACGUUUCUGCGGAUGAACUGAGCAACAACUGAAUAUAUCGUAGCGUUUAAUUUUUUAUUAUAUAUAUUUGUAUAUGUAUUUCGUAUGUAGUUCUUAAAGUUUUUUGUGGCUGCCGUUCUGCUCAGAUUGCCCCUACCCCCACGCUUUGGGCUCUCUCCCCCAUAGUGAUUUAAGUCUAGUUUUAAAUCUUAAGCUGCAACUUGUACGAAUCUUAGCUGAAAUAUACGUGUGAAUGUGACUGAGAGCUGCUGGCCGAUAAACUUAAAAUAUUCAGCCCAGCUCUGCAAGAUA